UGCGGCGCGCGGCGGGGGGGUGCCUGGCUGUCGGGAGGCGCCUCCGGGCGGGCGCGCGGCGGGGCCAUGGGCUGCUUCUUCUCCAAGAGGCGGAAAGAGGCGAAGGGGGGCGCGCAGGGCGGCGCGGGCCAGGACCCCCCGGCCGCGGACGAGGAGAAGCCGCCGCCGCAGUACAGCUGGGACCAGCGAGCCAAGGUUGAUCCCAAAGACUACACGUUUUCUGGACUUAAGGAUGAAACUGUGGGUCGUUUACCUGGAAAAGUUGCAGGGCAACAAUUUGUCAUUCAGGACUGUGAGAACUGUAAUAUCUACAUUUUUGACCAUUCUGCUACAAUCACUAUUGAUGAUUGUACAAGCUGCCGAAUCUUUCUAGGACCCGUAAAAGGCAGUGUGUUUUUCCGUGACUGCAAAGAUUGUAAAUGCGUAGUGGCGUGCCAACAAUUUCGCACCCGGGACUGCAGAAAGUUGGAAGUAUUCUUGUGCUGUGCCACCCAACCCAUUAUUGAGUCAUCCACAGGUAUGAAAUUUGGCUGUUUCCAGUACUACUAUCCAGAGCUGGCUUUACAAUUCAAAGAUGCUGGACUGAGUAUCUUCAAUAACACAUGGAGCAACAUCCAUGACUUUACACCAGUGUCAGGAGAAAACAAUUGGAGUCUUCUACCUGAAGAUGCCAUAGUUCAGGAUUAUGUCCCCUUUCCUACAUCUGAGGAACUAAAAGUAAUCAGAAUUUCUACAGAUACCAUGAAGAGCAUAAUUCCAAUAACCCGGGGUGGGAGGCAGAAGAGCAGUGAAGAAUCAUGUCUAGCAGUUUUCUUCGCUGGAGACUACACAACUGCAAAUGCUAGAAAGUUAAUUGAUGAGAUGACUGGCAAAGGCUUUUUGUUGGUUCAGACUAAGGAAGUUUCAAUGAAAGCAGAGGAUGCUCAAAGAGUGUUCCAGCAGAGUGCAUCUGACUUCAUCCCUUUGCUUGAAAAAGGUCCUGUUGUUGCUUUGGAGUUUAAUGGAGAUGGUGCCGUAGAAGGAUGUCGAAGCAUUAUAAAUGAUGUCUUCAGUGGAACCAAGGUUUUUGCAUCGGAGAACAAAGCUUCUGCCUCUCAAGAUGUAGACAGCUUCUACAACUUUGCUGACAUGCAGAUGGGAAUGUGAAAUGUGACUUGAAGAUGUUCUUCUGCAUGGCCUGUCUCACCACUUGGAUAUAGCUUUGGUUUGACUGUGUAAUGCUGCAUUAGUAGCAAAAGUGUUUUGUUUUUUGUUUUUUUUCUGAUUGACCUUUGUAUUGCAUAUGUUUUUUAUAAAAGGAAUUGGUAAAUUUAAUACUGUAUCACGUGAAUUACAACGAACAAUGUAGUUUCACAUGUACAUGUGAUACUUAUGUACCACUUAAACAACACACACUUUCUAGUAAUUUAUGAUUAUAGUGAAACUUUAAUUAUAUUCUGAUGUGAACAUUCCUCAAAUCUUUUAAUUUGUAGGAUUUUUAGAAAGUAGGUACAAUGCUAGACCACAUUUUAUGUAUUUUUAAAAAAGUCAUUUCUUAACUGAAACACAUUGCUGCCGGUAUGUGUCAAUGGUACGUUAGAGAAGGUAACUUGUAGAAUUCACAGUACUUUCCCAUAUGCAAAAUUAUCUUAAUCAGGAAAAAUGUCAUUGCUAACUGAUCUAAAGUUUCUUAAAUUGUUUUCUUUUAAAUAGCAUGCUUUCACAGUUGACUUUACUCUGCUUCAGUCUUUGUAUUCAUAAAAAAAUUCAUUGCACCAAGUGUUCUAUACCAGAUAGUCUUAA